AUGUUUUGUUCUGCUCGGCGACAAGUGUGCCGCUUCCACCCACGUAGCGGCAGGAGCUUCGCCGGCAAGGCCCACUGUCUCCGUCUCGUCCGGCUCACCAAGGUCGUAGAGCCUUGCCAGCCUUUUGUUCUUCUCCUUCUUCUCUUGGUCUGAAGUUGAGACUUUGAGUAUCACUAGGUUAGGAAAGAUUCUGAGAGUUUUUUAUUUUUCUCCUCUCUGCCUGAUGAUUUGUUCACCCUUUCGAGAUUUUCAACUUGUAGUUUUUCUGAUUCUUCUGUCGCAUGAUGAAGUCAAAAACAGUCAUCUCCCUGUUCACAAGAGUCCUUAUAUUUUUAGUCAUGGCUAUCUCGUCAGAGUUCUUUCUAUCCUUCUUCUAAACUUUUUUGUUUCAGGAGUGUCUAAAAUUUGAUUCUUGUUUCUACCUGGUAGUUUUCCAAACAAAUUGCUUUUCAAUUAUCCGAUUUUUCAGCAACAAAGGUUCAUUGGAGGUUGUAGAAUUGAAAAAGGAGGUGACUCUUCUGCGAGAGAGUUUUGAGUUCAUUCAUCGAUAGCAUGAAAAUUAGAGCCUCAAUCUCUUAACCAUGCUUUUUCCUAUAUGUGCUGAAAACCUUAUGAUCUUGAUAAACCUUUUCAAAUGAAAAAUUUCUAAUUUCGGUAAUUUUUUAACAUUAUUGAGAACGUACCGGAUUUUGAUCCACACCAAAAAUUCAAUUUUUUUAUAAAUAUUUUUUUACUCUUUUUUUUUUGUUAUUGUCCUUGGCAUUUUGUUAUAAUCCAUGAAAACAACUAUUAUUGAACUUUUUUAACCCGCUGCUUUCGAUUUGUCCCUGACUUUUUUUGAAAUAUUCAUUCCGAUUUCUAGAUGUCGGAAGCGGACCAGCAGGAGGAGUUCCACGAUGCUGAGGAGGCAGUCAUCGAAGUGAACAAGGACAUCGAAGUCGAAGUUGAUCAAGACGCUUCUCAACCUGCUGGUUGGUUUUUAUUUCUCUGGUAAUAUUCUGAAUUUCCUUUCUUUCUCAAUGGUUUUUUCCGAAUUGUUUAACCCAGUCUUCUAGAGAAAUUUACAUGAUAUUUUCAAGCAAAGAAGAAUUUUCUAAAAUUGGCUCCUCUCCCUUUUAAAACGAAGUGGUCUCAUUUGUAGGAAAAAUAACAAAAAUGAAAAGUUAUUUUUUUGCGGUGAAUUUUUGUGUUUCAGACGCACCGGCAACAGCUGACGCCGAAGACGAAGAGAAGAGUGCGCAGCCACUCGACGAGGAUCGAACUGAAGACCAGGUGCGGGGUUUACAAAUUCUGGAAGUUUUUCAUUUAAAAAAUCUCUCCGCUAAUAGUUUAGUCGGCUUUAUUAUAAACCUUUUUCCAAAAUUUUCAAAAAAGGAUGCAUGUGAUAAUCGAAUUCGAACAUUUUGAAAUUCAGAAAAAUGAGAAAAAUUAUUUUGAAACCCACUGUAGACUGUAAAAAGCGAUGAUUUUCUCGAAUAAAAGAGUUUCACAAAAUAUUCUGAUACAGUACCCUCAAAAAAGAUACGAAGAAAAGUGACUUUGUUCACAACUUUCUUGUAAGGAAUUUAAUCUUCCUGAAAGUUUCUGAAGUCGGGUUGUUUUCUGUGAGCUGAAACUUGACUACAGUGUUAAAAAUAACAGUUAUCACAACUACAGAAAGUUUUAGGAAGAUUGAAUUUCUUACAAGAAAGUUGUGACCGAAAAACCGUUUUUUCGUAUCUUUCCUGAGGGUAUUGUAUGUUUGAAAAAUUUUUGAGAGGAGAUGAAAAUUUUUAAAAUCCCUACCUCCUGGCCUGAUAAUUCUGAAAGCCGGAUUUGAUGUUCGAAAGUCAAACUAUACUACAGUUAAAGUGCGAGAAGAAAAAAAAGCUACUUGGAUAUUUUGAAAAGAGAUCUUUUUCCCAUCGUAUUUCUUGUUGGUGUUUGUUGCUGAGCGGCGUCAAUGUGGUGAGAGUGGCUGUGGGGAAACUGAACUUGCGUUUAGUGUAAAAUGCCGUCUUGCACAAUGUGCACAAGAUAUGAGAAGAGAAAAAAGUCUCACCAAUUGAGCCCUUGAUUCUCGAGUAGCGUUUUCCACCGAAUCGAUCCAAGCAAAUGGUGUAAGAGAUGACGGUGAUAGCGCUGUCAGAAGCGUUGAAAAAAUUGAAAUGACUGGAAAACUUGGGUUUCACAUUUGAAAAAUGAAGAACAAGCCAAUUUGACAAUUAAAACAAUGAAUAAAUGAAUAAAAAGAAAAAAAUCUAAUUUUUCAUUCGAUGUAAAAAAAAGCAAUUUAGUCGCGCUGAUAACAAAAAAAAGUUAUGACGAUAGACAUUUAAAAAAAUAUUAUAUAUGAAAAAAACUUGACAUUUUUCAGCAAAAAAAGCUCAAUUUCCAUGCAAAAUUAUUGACUUCUGAAAUUUGACGUCUGCUUGUUUGCGUACUUUACGCAAUAGUUGACUGCGUUUUUUUGAAAUAUCUUGAAAAAUUAUUCCUUUUUUUGUAUCUUGAUUUUUGCACUGCCAUGAUUCUUUCUGAGAAAAAAAAAUGUAGAAAAAUCCGAAUUUACGGCAAAAGAAACUCUUGUAUGUUUCUCAUGUGUUAUAUCCUGAAAAUUCGGUUACUGUGCCGAAUAUCGAUUUCCCCUGGAAAACGUUGGAAACCGUAAUUUACCGCUUAUUGUGUAAUUUCAUUGCUAAACAACAAUCUUCGUUUUCAUUACUGCAACACAAAAACUUUUAUUUCGCGGUUUUCCAGCGAUCCGCGAAAUUUUGGGUAUACGAGGCGGAUGCAGUCAUAUCGACCAAAGUCAAUAGUUCUUGAAUUCUUUAGUGUAUUAGAAGAAAAGAGACGAUAAAGAUAGUUCAAGCUCGAUAUCACCUCCAAGUUAUCAUCAAUCUUAAAGACGUAAGGCGUGGGCAGGUGGUUUUUCUGCUGUUCUUUUUUUUUGCCAGUCGGCAAACAUCCUCCGCAGAUCCGGUGCUCUCCGAUCGCUGAUUGUAACCGCCAAACUCUCCAACUGGCGUUCAUUUUUUGCAAAUUUCUUCUUCUCAUUGUUCUUAUUCUACUGACGAAACUAAUCUUUCAGGUCCCCGAUAUCACUGGAACGGAGUUCGUGGACCCUAUGACGACCAGCAUGGACGGCAUCGAAGAGCUUCCGGCCAACGAAGAAGCUCAGGUGAGCAGCUUAUAGUUUGGUUCCAUCUAGGCCUACAUGAAAGAAGACAUUUCCUUACCCAAUAACCUCGCUUACCAUACUCAAAACUCUUUUUAGUUUGACCUCGCUUAUUUUAACCUUAGAAAAGUAGUAAAAUGACAAAUGCAUGCGUUCCCAGUACGGCGACACAAUCUUGGAAGAAGAAGAGGGCCUUCCUGAUCAACUCGAAUCAGUCGACCAUCAAGAACCCUACAGCGAAGUUAGUUGGUCAAUCUCACACUUUUGCAUCCCCUAUUACUUCCAAACUCACUUUUCAACUUUUUCUGCUAACCUCCAACUAUUUUUCGGUGAAUUGGAUGAGCUCUCAUUAAGGAAGCCCAACCAACCGAAGAUGCACCAGCACCUGAAGAGCCAGAAGCUAAGCCAGAAGAACCGCAAGAAGCUGCACCAGAAGAAGCAGCUCCGGAAGAGCAAAAUCAACCAGGAGAACCAGAGCCGGAAGUUCCUGAAACGACUGCUGCUGAAGAGGUUUAUUACAUAGGAUGUUUCAAAUUAUUCGUUGUUUUUUUUUAUUUAGGAAGCCAACGCCGAAACGGAAGGAAAAACUGAAGAUGCUGUGAGUUAAAAUUCGAUAUCCAUCUUAAGGGUUUUUUUUUCAGCCAGUGGCACCAGAAAUUGACGAGCCUGCUGCUACUAACGAAACUAUUGAGCAGCCUGAAGUGACUGUGGAUGAAACUCCAGCGGCUGAGGUAGAAAAAAAAACAGUGAAAUCAAAAAAAAAAACUUAUCAGGAAGAGCAAACGACUGAAGAGCCAGUUGCGGAGAAGACUGAGUUCGAGUUGCAAGCGCCGCCUGAGGGCAAACGACCUCGUACUCCAAACGAACUCGACAAUCCACCUCAGGAGCCCAGCGAAGAGCCAGAGGCCGCUGAAGCGGAAUCUGAAGUCCCAGCUACUCCUAGAACUGCCACUACGGGUAUUAUAUACCGAAGGAGUACCUAGUCUCAACGGGCCUUUUUUCAGAAAAGCAGUCAGUUCCACCAACUCCGAAAUCAGCUGCGCCUAGCGAAGUGCCAGCUACUCCUAAAUCUGCUGCGCCUAGCGAAGUUCCGCCAACUCCUAAGUCAGCCGCGCCAAGCGAAGUUCCACCAACGCCAAAAUCCGCUGCCCCGAGUGAGGUCCCACCUACUCCGAAAUCUGCGGCUCCAAGCGAAGUUCCACCAACACCGAAGUCUGCAGUCCCCAGCGAAGCUCCACAGACCCCCGCUGGCUCUGUUCCUCCGACUCCCAAGUCGGCUGUGCCAAGUGAAGCUCCUCAAACGCCGAAAAGCUCAGUUCCGCCAACUCCCAAGAGCGCUCUGCCUAAUGGAACUCUUCCUAAUAGUCCAUCCGUCAAAGGAAGGUGAAUCUCAAACUUUCCAAAUAACGGUUGGCUGAAGAGUUGGUGUCAUUUUAGAUAAUUGAUUGCUUCAAUUUUGAAAAAGGUUAAGAACAUUUUUUAAAAUUAGGUGAAUUAUAAUUUUUUUUGGUAAACCAUCUUCAUUUUUUAUGCAACUACCGACUUCUGAGAAAAGCUUCCAACUGCAAGUGGUGAUGAUAAUUUUCCUCCUCUCAGUGCCAAAGCAACACCAGCUGCCACGCCAUUGGGCAACGCGACCCCUAAAGCCACUGGAACUCCGAAAUCCAACACAGCCUUCAACUUCGAAGAGACUCCGGCAACUCCAACUGCCGACAGUACUGUUGGUUUUGAAGACGCUCUGUCCUCACCAGCAGUGAAGACUCCAAAAACUCCAAAGACACCGAGAACUCCUCGCACUCCUCGCACACCGAAAACGCCUAAAGCUGCGGCUGUGUAAGUAUUUGAUGCAGCUCCAACAUAAAAACUUUUUCAGUGCUGAGGAAGAUGAAGCUCCCGCUGCUGAACCUCAAGCGGAAGCUGAACCCGAGCCAGAACCAGAACCAGAACCGCAAGCUGAGGAAGAACCUCAACCAGAGCCGCAAGCAGAGGAACCAGAAGCUGUUGAAGAGCCCCAAGAAGAAGCCAAGCCGGAGCCUGAGCCUGAGCCUGAAGCUGCAGAAGAACCUGCUCCGGAACCAGCUCAAGAAGUGAGCUCAAUUAAAAAAUUAUUUUAUGGAAGUUUAAAUACAGGAAGAGAAGAAGGAAGAAGUGAAGGAAGAAGAGUCUGCUCCUCCAGCUAGAGCCGCUCGACAGGCCUCGCCAUCUCCUCCACCAGUCCGGCGGCGGGCUCAGUCUCCUUCUCCCGAACGUAGCCGUGCCGAGAGAGCUUCUCGUCAUGCUCCCAGAGACAUCACUUCCUAUGACGAGGCAGGAAUGCAUGUUUCUAUGUCUUAGAAAUUUUUAUUUUCUCAGGAUUCUUACAAAACUGUUCCACCUCCGCGAAUUCCGACAGCAACAUCUUUCUCAUCUUGGAAUCCAACUGAAAGACAAACCUACACUCCAAUUAGGUUAGCUUUUUUGGUCUCAGGUUUAAAUUGGUGAAAAAUCUUUCGAAAUAUAUAAAAUCACGUAUGAUGGGACAUACUUGGCUUACAAUCCAUUGAAACGGUUUUCGCAUAAUGAAACUUUUUCAACUUGAAAAACAUCAAGCGGAACUUUGAUGUUUCUGAAAAUUGUAUUCUAAAAAACCUAUUGAACGUUCCGCCCACGUUCAGGAAGUAAAGUUAAAGUACAUUCAAUUCCGCGAUAUUUGCUCAAACUUCACUUUUGACGGCUAGCUAUCCUUUGCAGCCGUUCUCCAAACAUGUUGUUCCUUUUAGCUUUCUCAGAUUUCGAUCAGAUCGACUACUAUUUUGAUUUUUCUAAUUUUUGCUUUAUUUCUUAGGAUUUUACCUAUAUCAUGAAUUAUAUUCCAGUCCAUUCGUCACUAACCCCAACAAAUACCGCAACGAAUACACGUCUGGAACUAGCUACCGUCCCAGCAACAUUUACACCAGCCACUUCGACGACAUCGUCAGCACCGGUGAGUAAGAAUAUUGAAGUGAAAAGACUCAAGAUUCGAAAGAGUUUCGACUUCAAAAAAUUUAAAAAUCAAAAAAUUUCCAUAUCAUACUUUUUACUUCAAAACUCUACAAUGUGGCACAGAAAAAAUACUUUCCGGAAUUUUCCUCCCAAUCUUUUCACCAAAACAACUGUCUCAAAACGGAUUUUCAGGCGCCUUCUCGUCGGCCUUGUACUCGACGACGCGUUUGAUCGAGCGUUCUCGCAGCAGGACCCGCGAACGCAAGCAAGCCAUGCGUUCUCAGCGUUCGGCUUCCAACUACUAUAGGUUUCUCUCAUUUUACUUUUGUUUUGAAAAGUUGAAAAACAUGAUGAGCUCAAAAACUAAAGAAAAUAGUUUACAUAGAUCUUUGGGAAGAAGGCAUGACUUUAAUUCUCGGAAAGUUGAGCAUGAACUUGCUUUUGUUAACCAACUUUUCAUCCAUUUCUUAUUUUUCGGACAAAGUCAGAAUGGUGGAUAAUGGCCGUUAAAAGAACGGUAGCAAAAAAGGAGCAUUUGUCACCCUAGAAGGAACAUUUUUAUGGAGCCUCUUCCACCCUUUCUGACUUUGCCUAUGUUCUUGAAAACUGAUUGAAAAAUUAAGUCAUCGAGUAAUGAAGUAAGCAUUACUUCCUUGAGUUUUGCCUCCUUUUUGAAAAGUGCAAAAUAUUUGAAGGGGUUGAAAAAAUCACUCAGAAAAUAGACCGCUUUCUGAAGAACUUGGCUAUUCAGAAUACUGGGCUUCAAUAGAAUGAGACAAGAAUAAAAAUAUUCAGAUACGUAUCGCAAUACCCGGCUCCAACACGCACUCGGGACUAUUCGACGCCGCCAGAACGCGCCGUCAGUCGUCCGCCGUCGAGAAACACCUCUUUCGUGUCGUUCCUCGACUACAGCGACUCCAAGAACGGAGAGCUGUCGCGUGCCAACUCUCGCUCUUCCAUCUACGACUCCCUUUCCAGGAGCGGGUGAGCGUCAUAAUUUAUCUACUGAUUAUUUUGGGUAAAAAUCAGAAUUAUCUUUGAAUCAUGUGAAAUUCGAAACUUUCUGGACGAAUUUUUGGAGAUCAUCAUUUCAUUCUUAGAACAAACGCCGUUUUAUGAAUAAAAUGAAUCUUUGAAGUAGCAUUUGCUUAACCAACGAAUCCUCAUAAAUUGAAAGGUGAAUUAUCAUGAACAAAAACUUGACUUUUCUCAGUACAAAAAAAUUAUUCAAGCUCCAUGUCAGUCGAAAAAAAAACAUCUUAUUAAUUAGGUUAUUCCCGAUGUUUUUUUUUUGGUUUUUGAAGUUUUUUCCUUGUUAUUUGUUAUCUGACUAAAAACCAAAUUCCUGAUUCCAGCAAAGUAUCUUCACUCUUUGAACCAAUCCUCAGCAUUAGAAGACAGAACCUCAUUUUCAGCUCUCGAAGCAACGUGGACUUGUACCUGGGCGGCGGCCGCCUUUCUCGCGUGGAUAGCUAUGUUCGCGACAUCCAUACUCCUUAUGAAUAUGAGGUAAUAUUUCCAGCAGUCUCAUAAAUCAAAAAUAAACUUUCAAGGUUCCAUCCACUUACGAACGCUAUAGAUCUUCGUCGCGCGGACCAACUGGCUACUCGGCAUCGACUGGUUAUUCUGUAAGUUCCAAGUCACUUCUAGUCACGUUGUAGAUUAGUCGGCGUUCAGUGUCGUAGUUUUUGUCUUUGUUUGUUCGGGAAUUGCAGGGAAGGGUGGUCCUCGAGAAUAUUCAAAACUAACGAUCAAACUCGGAAACUUAUUUGUAGAGUAACUACAUGCUUCGUGUUUAGGAUAGCUUAUAAAAUUUAAUAUUAAAAAAAGAGAAGUGGUCAAGCUGCCUGGGAUCUCAGUCCAAUCUGAAAGUUGGUAAAAAAACUUUUUCUCGAUGAGAUUAUCUUUAAAAAAAAAUCCAAACUUGCCGAACUUCAUAUUUAAAAACCUUGGCUGUUUGAAAAAGGAAGAUCUUUUCUACCGAUUCAGGGAAAGUUGUAAACUUUCGUAAAAAAAACGUUUUUUGAACUUCCUUUAAAGGAUCUUCCUUCUUAAUUUUUCCAUACAAAUUCCAACUACCAGAACCAUUUUUUCCAUACUUUAGAACUAAAUGUAUCAAACUUUGUUGACUUUUUGCUGCAAUUGGAAGGAAAUCAGAAAUGAAGAUGAUAUAGAGUGGGAGGCAGUUUGCAACACUCAGAACUUUGAGCACCGCACUUGGCACUUGACGAGAAGCAAAUAGCUCAAGUCCUCCUCAGUUUCUUUUUGCUAGGCAUUCUUUGUCUGUUCUCUUGUGUUGAACGAGCCCGCAUUUAGUAUCGUCUCAGCAAAAGCCGGCUCUCGAUAUUCGAUAGUCCUUGAGCUGCGUCCACCUCUUUCUAAGUUUGGCUGGGUCCUUUUGUGGGCUUUUUCCGGCGUCCCCCAUCAUCCUCUCUCGUCAGCAACCACAAGAUGUAUCUCCUUAGUAAGAAGCGCUUGUUCCGGAUAAAGUACGAUCCAGUAAGUGCGCGAGUCGAGCUUUCACUGUUUACCAUGGCCCCACGUGAACUUUCUGUUUUUUUUUGUCAAUUUCGUUAUAGAACGGUUGGAAUCUUUUUGGAACCUUUUGGAGUUUUCAUAGCAGUCUGAAUGAGAAAAUUUCGAGAUUCUGAGUUUUCUCUAGUUUUCUCAAAAAUUAUACAAUAAAUAUGCACCUUUAACGUUUCAAAGAUUUCUUAAAGAAAAAAAUAUUUUUCGUCAGUAGAUUCGUUGGUAGAAUCUCGAAAAAAAUGUCCACAAAGUUGUGAUUUUUAUCUUUUUCAUUUUAUCAUCGUGGAUACUGCCGGUCAUUGAGAAAAAAACGAUUUUUGAGUCAGAAAAUAAGAAUAACUAAAAAGGCUAUUUUUGUCGUUUUUUUCCGCCCGGUAAUUUUUUGCCUAUUAAGAUAGUUCAAGAAGCUAAAAGAAAACUAGGAUCGAGUUAAUUUUUUUUCCUUCAGAUCAAUCUCCAUAAAAGGUCUCAACCGUGCCACAGAUCAUUUCAGUAUUUUUUUUUAAAUAAUCCGAGAAAUUUCACGAUGAGGCCACGUGACAAACUUUGUGAGCAGCACGCACAUUGGCAUCCACUCCUUCGCAUGAAGGUUCCACCCUUCCCAGUCCAUCGAACCUGAUUCCCAACCGCUGCGAUCUCAAGCACAACGUCAGCUUGCACUCGCACUUUUCCGUUUUUUUUCUAGAAUUACUACUCGUCCCCGUCUUACGUGGAGACCGAGUCGACGCGUAGAUUGCCGAGAUAUCAGCGCGAUACUAGUCCGGCGAUGGUCAGGAGCAUGUAUGAGGUUGGCCCAAGUUGCUUCUACCAAGUUGCGGCUGUUGGUUGCCAAGCCGAUGAGUGUGAACUGUGUGACAAGGUCUUUGAGUUGGUAGAAAAUUGACCUGACCAAAUAGAGGUUUUGAAAUAGGAAAAUAAUUUUUGGAUCUUUUUCAAGAAAUAUGAUUGCAUGAAACAAACAGCCUAUAUUUUUGAAAUUUAUACUUCGUUUAAGAAGAAUGAUAUGAAGCUCUUAAGGCUGAUUCGAAGCAAAAAAAUGCACAAAAUGACACCAUUUCAACCUACAAAAACUACUUUGCACAUUCUGAAGAUAAUUAAACUUGAAGUCAUCCUAUAAAACGCUAUAUUUGAAAUCAAUUCAUCACCAGAAUAAGCUAAUAAAAAAGAAAAGAGCAUUUUUUUGUCUCGAACCAGCAGUGAACGCCUUGAAAACCCAACCAUGGUCAAUUAAAAAAACGAUUCAAACUUGAUUUACUUUUUUUUAUUCUCUUGGGGUUAACAUUUCUAAAAAAAACUUCUCAUGCAGAUUAGCUUAAUCAUCUAAUUUGUAGAUCAAAUCAAAACUUUUUCGCUUUCUAGGUUUAAAAUUGAAUCUAAUAAAACUUACCCGGUGCCUCCUCCAAAAGAUUUUCAUCCCAAAUCCAAAUUCCCGAACUGUCCAUAAAGUCGUCCAACAACUAACGCAUGGUGUCUAGUCGCUUUGUAGUGAGGUAGUCCUGUAGAGCUGAGGAUCCAGUCCUGUUUGUGAGUGAUAACAAUCUGGUUCGAAGCAUUCACAACGUCCAAAAUCUGCAUGAACAAAACUUUUAUGUGUUGAUUUUAGGGCCGCAUCGGACAAUUGGAAAGAUCGCUUUCAAGGGAAAUCAUUAACAAAGACAGGGUGAGUUAUCGUAAUUCCGUGUAGAGAAUUUUUUCGACAAGACAUUAGAUGAAGCCUAUAAAACCUUCACAUUUUUGCAUUUUGAUAUUGAACGAAAAAUUGUAAAAUAUUAGGAUUGGCUAUGAUGAAUAUGAGAAUCGAAAUUCAGCUGCGCAAUGAGUACCAGCAGUUGUCAUCGAAGCUGGACCAGGCUGUCCGUCAGAUGGAACUGCUCAGGUCCAACUCGUACAGCAAUUUCCGCAACAUCUCCUUGCCCCGGACUAGCGUCUACUCCCACUUCUAUCCACACUAUUAACCUGCCCAAAAAAAAUGAAACAAAAUUUCUCUUUUCCUAGUGAGUAGUUAGUUUAUCGUUUCUUGCCAACUUCUUCAAUUUCAAAAUGUUUCAGUUUCUAAGCGCAGAUCGUUCUUAGCUCAUAAAGCACUGAUUUUCAGAACAUGAAACAAAGAGCUCCUGAUCCGACAGGAGCCACUGAUUUUCUCGAAUGUUUAUCGAGUGCCUUCUCUUCAUGUCAAUUUACGUCUAACCCUCUCCCGCGUGCUAUAUUCUUUUCUUCUCUAUGAAAUCUUUUCUCUGCUUGUUACUAACCGCUUCAGAUGUUUUUUUAUGUGCUUUUUUUCCUUUUUUUGUAAAUAACAAAAAUAAAUUUUUUUCCAUCAGCACUCUAUGUUUGAAUACUUUCGCACAGCUUGAACUUAAAUAAUUGUGCACGGCUAAAUGUCUUAACGUUCUUCUACGACCAAUCUAUCCUUUCGGAACGUUCUUGCUUUUUUCACGAUGACAAUACAUGUUUGAAUCUUGAGAAGAAGCAACAAAUUUUACGUUUUGUUUCCUUUUAGACUGUUGCACAAGAGCAAGCACGGUUGUAAAAAUAUUCAAAAGGCUGUUUAGAAAAAGAAAUUUCAGCCCGUAUACACCUCCCAAUACGCUUUCGGAAAACCCACGGCUAACAAAUCGCCCAGCUAUACGGCGCUCAAUAGCCUAUUCUCUGGAUUUACGCGCGACUGGGCUGCCUACAACUGAAAGGUAAUUAAUGAGAGAAACUGUAGGCUCUCAAUCGAGUCAAAAAGGAGUAAAAUAGAGAAUGUUUCAGAUGGCGGCUGGGUAACGUUGUGUAUGGAGGUCUUUAUCGCAAAAAUUACACUGAAGAUAUAAACAAAACUCUCGAUUAUUAUCGUUCUUCUGCGCGGCGGCGCGUCUGA